AUGCUGGAAUCAGCUGCCCGAGCAGAGAAUUCUUGCAAGCGAUGUCAUCGUCGGAAAAAGCGUUGUGACAAAACUCUCCCUCAAUGUCAUGCCUGUAAACAUGCCAAAGUCGCGUGCAGCUUUCUGAAUGACGAAGCUCAAGUAGCGUCAUACCCGAUUGUUUAUGUGCGUCAACUUGAACACAGAGUCAAGGAACUGGAGCAGAGACUCGCCGAAGUGUUGACCCGGAAAACGACCCAAAACGAGCCGCCGUAUUCAUGGAACGACGACGCAGAGAUUCAGUUGACAGAGCUUGGUGACGACCUAAUAAAUUCAGAUAACGGCACAAAUCUAUCUCCCCAUCUUCCAUCCGAUGGAAAUGCAGCUCCCGGGUUUGAUCCAAUACCCACUCCACCUUAUAACGGACGUGUUUCUGUGCCAAGAACGAACGACCUAUCUGAAGAGCUCAGGCUGCUCUCUUUAGAAGCCGCCGCAGAAAGAUACCUAGGCUCCUCCUCGGGCCUCUCCUUUGCGAAACUUACACAGACCGUUCUACAACGAUUAUCUCCAGAUCAAGAUGGAUUCAUCUUUGAUGGGGAUGUUGACGAUAACCAGCCACAAAAUCAUACAGCCGACCACGAUACGUCAAAUCUCAAUCCAAUAUUCUUCGAGAUGCACCCUUCAGUAACCAGCCCUUUGCCCUUGAAUUCCAUCUUGGAAGAGACGACGAUUGAGGAAUUCGGAGAACAAACUACCAGUGAUCUCACGCUACUGGAGCCCUCGCAUAUUAGCUAUAUUCUGGAGUUUUAUUUUGCUCAUUCUCAUACCCUUUAUCCGAUGAUCAGGAAAAACGAAUUCGAGAGUGUACUUUGGAGAAUAUACGCGGACCCUCUAGAUCCCCUCGCGCAGUCCUCUUUGUGGCAAUUCCGAAUCUGGAUGGUGCUGGCAAUCGGCUCCACAACUUACUGUUCGGUCUCCCUCAUGGAUGAAACGGAAUCUGUGCAAUUUUUCAACAAGGCCAUGAAACAUUUUGAAUCAGCAAUGGGCUGUGGUGACUUGGCUGGGCUGGAAGUCUUGAUGCUCCAGGUUUCAUAUUCAUUCUUCAAUAAAGUUGGACCCAAUACUUGGUUUCUUGUCGGGGUUGCCGCUCGAAUGGCAAUUGGAAUGGGGCUUCAUACAGCAGAAGUCUAUCAAUCACUAACUGUGGAUGCAGCUGAGCAGCAGAAGAGAAUAUUUUUCUGCCUCUAUAUGAUGGACAGAGUAGUUUCUCUGGCUCUGGGUCGUCCUUUUGCAAUACAGGAUAUUGAUAUUACUGUCAAGCCCUUUGCUGAUGUGGAUGAUGAAAAUAUCAAACCGGAUGGCAUAUCGUCCAUCGCUACCUUGGAGCCAUCUACCAUGGCUGUGCCAUUACAUAUACUCGCUCUCCGGAGAAUCGCUAGUGACAUUGGAACCCAAGUUCACUCUCCAAAAUAUAGUCAUCAUCAAAGUCAAGAGGCUCGAGAGAAAACUGUUCAGGUCCUCCAUAAACGCUUACUGGAAUGGCGUCGCAGUAUGCCGUUCCCUUUACCUGAUCUUCAAUCGAAGGUACCUCAUCUAUGUACGAGCUGGUUUGAUCUGAAUUACUACACUCAUGUCAUAAUGCUUUAUCGACCAUCACCAUUAAGCCCCAAUUUAGAUCUCCCAAAGAUGAAAAUCUUGGCUGAAGCAUCAGGUAUGGCAAUACGUCAAGCCAUCAAUCUUCACAGGCAGCGUCGUUUUGCCUACAAUUGGUUGAAUCUUGUGGCCAUCUUUAACUCGGCACUUUCACUUAUGUACACCUCCACUGCUCAAGCAGACGAAUAUACGCUGGUAUUAGAUCAUAGCAGGGCUCUCGAUGAUCUAGAUCUAGCAAUCGAACUAUUGGAGGCAUUUUCUACCAAGUUCCCUUCUGCGAAGAAGAUACAGGGGAUGAUUCGGACGGUGUCAGCUAAACUGAAAAUAGCAUUCUUAGUGAUGUCAACUGGUGAGUCCCGUUCCCCGGGUUUUGCGCCGCCCGGCAAUAAACAGCUCCCAGCUUCACUAUAUUCAUCAAAAAUUCCCAUGGAUGAGGAUUCAGCCUCAAAGGAGCCAGGGCUUGAGCCUUCAUUCGAGUCUAAGCAGCCAUUCCCGCCUCUAUUGGACGAGCUGGUCUCGCCCACAGAUCCAUGCGCCUUCCCAGAGGAUGAAAGCGUCACCUCACCCGGCUACGAGGAGAUCGAGGUAGAAGACGAUGCGGAUUUCCAAUCUCACUACUCGCUAGACCCUCAGUCUCUUUCCGAUACCGAAUCCGAGAACUCUGCGGACGAAAUUGGCCGACACCAUCCUUUUCGUCAGUCAUCCAGCUCUCUUCACGGGCCUAAUGCCUUUGCGCCCCCCUUUUACAAUCGGCCACCCACGCCACUACCACCCUCACCUUCCUUGACAUCCCUUCUCCGACCGCCAUUCUCUACUACAACAUCACGUCCAACAACCCCCGAUAGCUCGGAUGUGGAGACUCCCAAUGAUACGGAGGCCGCUGUAGCCAAAUCAGCCCGCAGGGCCACUACGGUCCCUCGCGCAAGCCCAAAAGUCCCAACCUACGAGUACUAUGGAUUUGUGCUUUACUUGGCUUCUUCCCUUGCUUUCUUAAUUUAUCUCCUCUGGUCAUACCUCCCAUCCCCAUUUCUACAUCAGCUCGGGAUAUACUACUAUCCUAAUCGCUGGUGGUCUCUCGCAAUCCCUUCCUGGCUAGUCAUGUCGAUCGUGUACAUCUAUAUCGCGCUAGCCUCUUAUAACACGGGCUAUCUCACAUUGCCCAUGAACAGCAUCGAGAAUAUUGUCGAUGAUGUCGCUAAUGUCGCGGUCAUUGAUGGCAAAGCGCGACGAAGACCGGGUGGAGCGACGAAAAUGAAGCCGGGCGCAACCUCGUAUCAGAUUAUGGGUCCUCAAAAUCGCAAGGUUAAUUGGCCUGAAAUUUGGAGUGAAGGAACUGAUGCGGUUAUGGAUAUCCCGGUCGGCGGUGUCUGCGAGGUCUUGUAUGGACAGGAUCGUGAUGAGGAUGGUUUCAUUGGGGGUGAAUCAUAG